AUGCCGGAUCCGGAGGCGCCGUCCGACCCCGGCCAACCUGGUCCUGAGCAGCGACCAAUCGUCCCCAGGUGGGUCCCAGCGCUCCCCCAGCACCACGGGGGACAGGUGGCUGGAUGUCCCCUCCCCACGCUGGCCUCGCUCCUCGCCACCACGAGGCCACCCGGGCGGGGCGGCCGCGGUGUCGCCGGGAGCGUGGGGACGGUCACCAGGGCCCCCCCGCGCCCCCCCAGCGCCGCUCCCCCCUGCCCGGCAGAGCUGCAGAUGAUGGUGGAGCAUCACCUGUGCAAGCAGGCGCAGGGCGGCGACGACGACGACGAGGUGGCGACCACCGCCCGCUGCCACCGCGGCGACCCCGAGCACCGGCACAGCCCCGGCGGCUCCUGCCCCGCCCAGGGCGGCCACCGGACACCCGGGGAUGGGACCCCCCAGGCUGGGACACCCCGGGCCGGGACCCCCCAGGCUGGGACACCCCAGGCUGGGACCCCCCAAGCCGGGACCCCCCGGGCCGGGACCCCCGGGACCGCGCGGCGCAGCCGGGCUGAGGACGGGACCCAUAUAGAGCCUGGGGACAGCGCGGGCAGUGGCCACUAGGUGUGGCCACGGCAGCCGGACGCCAGCGCAGAUUUUUUAUUCCAUUUUCUAAGAUUUUGGGGCCGCCCAGAAUCCUUUUGGGAUUUUUUUUAUUUUAUUUUAUUCCCACGGGCAGGUCCCCACUGUGGGGGGGG